CAAUGCUUCAUUCAGACGCUCGAGCCCCUUGCGAGGCGACACAUCUCCUUUCCCGCCGUUCGCCGCCUCAGCACGCCCAAAGGAGAAUACGAAGAACCCACUUAAGGAAUUAAUUAAGAAGCGAAUAAGAAUUCCGGGCAGUGAUUCGCUGGAUGUUUAUCUAGGCCGCUCGCCGAGACCGCGGGCCUAAACUCAGCCACCAUGUUCGUGCUGCGCCUGGUGGCCGCCAUAUGGUGCUGCUCGUAUCUCGCCCUCACGCGGAAGAUCCCCUACUACGACACCUUCGACGAUGACUUCUACUCCGAGCUGAGGAACCUGCUGGAGGAGCACCAGAGCGGGAAGGGCGCGCCCCCCGUGGCCCACCCCCGCGAGGUGCGCGGCUGGGGCGAGGAGCUCGGCAUCGGGCAGGUGGCGGGCGUGAGCGUGGACCCCGACGGCCACCCCGUCGUGUUCCACCGCGGAGGCAGAGUCUGGGAUUACACGCUGAUAUACUCACAAUUGAAAAACAUGGAAAGAGAUGUGGGUAUCUUUCCAGUGUUCCCUCGUGAAAUGGACUCCAAUGUUUUGACUCAAAGCGUUGUGCAUAUUCUUGCUAAGGAUGUGUUCAUGCACCGCACGUGCGCGUUCCACAUGCAGGUGUCUGUGCUGUUCAUGCUCUGCACCUGUGGGAGCUUCAACUCGACGCACCACUACCAGGAGGUGGCGCCCCUGGACGACGACGUGGUGGUGGUGCUGGACGCCCAGACGGGGCUGCCCCUUCCGUCGUGGGGCCGCGGCAAGUUCCUGCUGCCGCACGGCAUCACCGUCGACGCGCAGGGCAACACGUGGCUCACCGACGUCGGCCUCCACCAGGUCUUUAAGUUCCCCCUGGACGCCGAGGAGCCGAGCCUGACCCUGGGCCACGCGCGCAUGCCAGGCUCAGGCGACCACCACUUCUGCAAGCCCACGAGCGUCGCUGUGGCCGCGUCAGGAGAGUUCUUCGUCGCCGACGGAUACUGCAAUGGCCGGAUCCUUCGCUUCCAUGCUGACGGCGCCCUUAUGGCUCAGUUCGGACACAUGGGGAGCGACGGCAGUUCCCGCGCCCUCUACGUGCCUCACGGCCUGGCGCUGGACGACAGCCGCGACGCCCUCUGCGUGGCCGACCGCGAGAACCGCCGCGUUCUGUGCCUAAGGGCGGGACUCCGGCACGUGGACGACUUUGGCGAGGCCUUCAUGACGCUGCAGGAACCCAACCAGGGCCGUGUGUUCGACAUCGCCACCGUCAACGGCGUGGUGGUGGGCGUGGCCGGCAGCGAGGACGAAGGCGCAGCCACUGGAUUCACAGCCGACUUGAGCAACGGGAAAUUACUGGACGCCUGGGGCCCGCUCGUGGGCUUCCACAACCCGCACGCCGUCGCCGUGAGCCGCGACGGGUCCGCCAUCUACGUCUCGGAGAUCGGGCCGAACCGCAUCUGGAAAUUCCUACUGGAGAGUCCCGCAGCUUACUAAAGAGGAUCGUUCGUCUGCAACUUUGCUUCUUGUUGCUUCGAAAUGGCUCCCUUUAGGGGGGACGUUGAUAGAUAUAUAUUUGUAGAGAGAGAAAUGAUUUUUCUGAGAAUAUUUCCCAGGUGCAAAAGAAUGCCUGGACGAUAGAAACGGAAUACUCUGCAGACAAUGCGAUCUUGAGAAAAAUAUAUAAGGUAAUUCAAACAGGGCAGGGAAAAUAAGGGAAGGAUGCUAUUUUUGGAAAGUUUAGAAAGAAAAGUUCAGGAUUGAUUAACCAAGAGGAAAAAAUGUAUAUUCUGAAAAAACACAUCAUUCCUCUCUUGAAGAUGUAUCUUGUACAAAACAAUUACUGUUAGAAAAUGUUUCCAGAGAAGGAAAAAAGGGAGUGUAUUAACGGAUUACGAAAAGGACCAAACUUAUAUUGUACCCAUUAAGAAUAUCCGAGUCCCAACCAUUGUGGUCUAAUUAAAGAUAAAUGACGUCAUAUAUUAUGUCAGAGUUUAGUAAAAUUCAGAUAAUGAUA